GUAUGUGGCAGCUGGGUUCUGCCGUCGAGCGAAGCACAUCACAAAGAUCACGAGGCCUUAUCACCAACAGCUGGCGACGUUCACUUUCGGCAAGCUAGCGGCGAUCCUUCAGAGACAACAAUUCCCGGUUGCAUGCUGGCGAGAUGGGGCCACUCACUAUCCAGUACAAGGUUUCAUUCCCAUUCAACACCCGAGAUGGAACAAGUCUGCCCCGAAAUCCCAGCCCAAGAUCGAUGUCAACAAGCUGAUCUCGGAUAUGAAGCUGCAAACACCACCACCACCACUCGUUCAACUUCGGGAGGCAGUGGAUAAGGGCAUUGCGAAUCAUGCCUGGACGAAUAUGGAACAGCUUGAGGAGGGUCUCCUAGCAAGUGCACAGGAGCUCUAUGCAGUGGAAAUCAACAACUCACAGGAGCCGGCAGCCAAUCGUGCUCUAGCGCAGUGUGCUCGUGAUAUGUGGGCAAUCUUCAGAGCCAUGAGAACCCAUCCCUUCACAGCCAGGGGUAUAGUGCAGGCUUGGCGACAAUGGAAGGAUUUCAUGCGCAAACUGCCGCGGCCAGGGGAGACAUGCAUCAGGCAUGGCCACAUCAUGACGCCGGAGUCCGAACUCAAUUGGAUUGUGGAGGCCUUCGGUCAGAGAUACGGAGCCAGGUCGCCACAGUGGAUGUGUGGCACGAAUUGGAACAUCUACCACUACGGAAAGCAGUGCCCCCGGUCAAUGUCCAGUGGAGUCAACCACAACUUUGUGUUCAACAAGCGUGGGCCGACGCCUCGGCGCGACACCAAAUUCAUCAAUUGGUUCACGAAUGGCCGCAAUGCGCAUACACUCCGGGCAGGAGAAUCACUGGAAUUAGCGCACAUUGACCCCUUUGUGCAGGAAAUCUUACUCCAAUGGCUCGGCCAGGUACGCUACAAGUUCCGACACAAGGGCAUGGAGAAGGAAGUUUGGUGGGUCAUUGCGAUCUUCAGACGCAUGGGCAUGCAAGUUAACACCCACAAGACCAAGGCGACCGAGGCACCGGCACCGGAAUCGGAUGCGGAGAAUGAGGGCGACUCCGAGCGUUCCGUGCCACUUCUGCAGACGGCAGACCAGAGACGAAGCAUGCUACCGGACAUCAAACCGGAGAUGAUGCCGGACGAGGAGAUGGACGAGUUCUUCGGCUCGAUCAAACCUUCGGAGGAGAUGGGGGAGCAGGAGAACAGGAGAGCAGGGGAACAGGAGAACAGGUAUCGCGGAGGGGAAGCUCCGGUUCGCAAUACUCCAUUCGGACCUUUUUCGACCCCAAACAAGCGCCGCCGCAACCCGUUCGAGGACAAAACCCCGUUCUACACCACACCACCGCCAUACUCACAGCCGCAUCAUCACCGGGGUCAGGAUCGAGAUCCGCUAGUUUUCGCCCUUGCCAAGACGGUGCUGAAACAGCAAGAGGAACUCAGAGUACUGAGACAGGACACGGCGUUCAUCAUGUUCAUGAAACCGGGCCAGGACUCCAUACUGCAUCACCUGUACUCUACAGCAGUGGCUUUCAAGGCCAAGCAGGAAGCGGACCCAACAUGGCAGUUGGGACAACAGCCUCUUCGAAUGGUCCUGGCUCAGGCUCUCUUCCGCGAGGUGGUGAAUCGGUUGAACAGUACGAUUGCUUCGCAGGAAAGACUACGAAGGGUCAUGGAUCAGGGCUGGAGGGAUGCAACAGGAUGGCGAUACCAAGUAUGGAAUCCCAGGGCGAGGCAGCUGGAAGUCGAUCAGUCCAGACCCCCCAUCCCGGAGGACAAGCUCUUGGACCACCUGGCCACGAUCAUACAAUGCCUCAAACACCCCAUCCUCACGAGGUUCCAUUGCACCCGCAAAAUGACGGAGACCAUGGCAGGUCAGGCCACGUACAAGAUGGACCUCUCUUUGAGAAGUCACAGUGCUCUGACCAUGUGGGACGAGAUGCGCAUGCUGCAGGGAAAUGCGGUGUUUCAGCUUGUGGGAUUGGGGUACAAGGUCGAGGGCCUAGGCCGGGGACCGAUGGAGCAACGUAUCAUGGAUAUGAUGUACGGACGCCGCUGA